AUGUACAAGGUAGCAAGACCCCGUUUUGACAGGCGCGCUGCGUGCAGUGCGCUCAGGACAGCGUCAGUGAUCUCCUCGUUACUCAGCGUGGGGGCAGAGCGCGAGAACAUCGAACCGUGUAGUGUUGUCAGCGGCUUACUACAUUUUCACUAUUCGAGCUGUGGCUCGGGCCAGGGCCGGGCCAAAGCCAGCUGUCACUGGCGGCUUUGGCCCGGCCUGGUUUUUUUGCAGGCCAAAGCCAUGGCUUUUGCAAAUUGGGCCAAGCCAGGAAGAUUCUUGGUCGAUUUUCCACGCAUGGAUGUGACAGUUGGUGACCUCAAAGAGCUGAUCAAGGAAGAGAAGAGGCCUGAAUUCGACGCUUUCGUGGCGUCUCCAACUAGUAUGGAAUCUUUGAAUGCUCUCGAAAACCUUCCAACGGACUUUACAAACACACUUUCAGCGAUACAGAUCCAGCAAGUACUACUCGAAGCUUUCGCGCACCUUGAUUUUGUCUCGAAAGACACCAAAAUUCCAAAGUUAUUUCAACUCAAGGCUCUCGUAUCUUUGCUUGCAGGAAGACAUGUGGUUCUUCGAGCUGCAACGGGCUCCAGAAAGACACCUUUGCUUCUCUCCCCCGACAAGCCUAUGGCUAUCACAGUUACACCUUUAAAAUUGCUUCAAAAAGAUCAUGUCAAGGAAUUCGAGGAGUAUGGGGUUCGUUCGAUCGCAAUCAAUCAUGACACUCUGGAGUUAGGGCAUACUGCAGUGGGGGAGUAUAAUAUGGAGCAAAUGCGCAAAAGCGAGAAAGAUGUGGUACUCUAUGCAGUGCGCGAACGAAAGUUUCUGAGUGAUUGA